AUGGAUUACGAAGCGUAUCUUGAUGCUUUUCAAGCCGAGCUAAAUUACAAGCCGAAAGCUCCAGCUUUUGGUCAUCCUCCCGCAGCUGGUGAAAUAGGAAGUGCUAGAAAGGCCUCCAGACCUAAUUCCGAAAAUGCUCCGCUUUCUGACGAAAAGAAGGAGGCAAUAGCAAAGGCGAAAGGCGCAGCGAAAAAGGAUUUGCAGGAUCUUCAUGCUGAUGGCCUCAAUAUCAAGACAAUGACUCAAGAUGAUCGAAUAAAAAUGAUCACCGAAGGCCUGAAGAGUUUCGUCGAAAACGACAAAAUCGCCAAAGAAAUCAACAAUAUGUUCCAGGACCCUCGAUUCAAUUUGGAGGACGCAAUCAAGCGUGAUCCGUUGAAGAUUUCACUGAAAACGAUCAAAGGCUGA